AUGAAGUUGACUGGUUUAUUGUCCGCUGCCGCCGUCGCCGGCGUUGUCGCUGCUAAGCACAAGACCAACACCAUGGAAACCACCCAAACCGUCGUCAUCAACGAGGACUCGCCCAAGUCGACCCACAGAUACGGGAGAUUCGACCACACCACCAGAGUGUCGACUACCACCUGGUACGCCGGCAAGGACGGCUCGCGCUCGCCCGGUAACGACGCCGCCAACGCCUACGGUUUCGGUGGUGCCAUCGUCGCCCUCGCUGCCUGGCUCCUCUAA